CACCAGUCUGCUGUACGAUCAGCGAAAGGUGGAGAGAUUUCCCCCAUCACACACUCACACACAUCUAUACACAACAAACCAGAUAAACGGGACGCAUUCAACCGUAAUAGAGCUAUGGACCUGAGCCUGCGAGAUGCUCUGGGUGGAGGAGGGGCUCCAGCUGAGGCCCUGCUGAAGAGAGACUUUGUGGCUUCACUGGAGAAAGAGAGCUAUGAUGACAAGGUGGGAGAGACAGUCCCCAAGAGUGACUACAGGCCCUUGCUGGAUGGAAAGGACACCAAGAGUGGUCCUGGUACGAUGUCAUCUGGUGGCCGCCAAGACCCACCGGGACAGUCCCCCUUCAGCUCUGACUACCUGUCUGGUCCCAUGAUGGGUGGGAUGGCAGGUCAGUGGAGUCUGGGCAAGACAAAGGACAGCAGCAUGCCUGACUCAUUUCUAGGCUUCCCUCAGUCUGGGAUGGGCAUGAGCACAGGACCCAGCCUGCCCCCGUUCCAGACCAGCAUGGGCUCCUCUCUGGGCCAGACCGGGAUGAGUCCAGCUAUGGACGCCCAGAAGAGUUCAGGCCUCUUUGGUGUGGACAACAAAACCCCCAGUAACCUCGGUGGGAGCAGUCCACUGAAACCCAGCGAUCCGUUUUCUUCCGGUGGCUCAGGAUUCCACGCAAUGGAUCAGUCUGCAGCUCUCACCCUCUCUCCCAGUGGCUCAAUGGAUGACAGCAGUCCCACGUCCUCCAACUCCGAACCCCUCAGCCCCGAGAGAGCGGGGCCGGGGGGCGAGGCUAGCAAACAGCGGCGGCGAAAGAAGAAGAGGAAGGGACGUGACGAGGUCUACAACUUCCUGGAUAACCUGGAGAAUAACAUCAGCCAAUCAGACAAGCACGGGGUGCAGGAUAAGGCCAGAUGGGAGGCGGAGGAGGACGGAGAUGAGGAGGAGAACUGGGAGUGGGAGAUCAGAGAGAGUGGAGGAGGGGGUAGAGUAAAAGGCAGGAAGAUUAAGAGUCGGGCGAGGAUUCCGGAGGAGUGGGGCGCUACCCAGCAGCCCGUCUCUCCUACGCCGGCCAUAGUCGCUCCCAAGUGGGCUUCGGCGGCCGACACCGGUCCUACUGACCCCAGAGCUUCAAAGUUGGACCCCAGCCCUGCUUUGUCCUCUGGCCCUGAACAAACACCCACAAGUAUCACCAACUACUCCUUUGUCACAGAUCCGUGUCCACGUGCUUAUGAACCCAUGUGCGUAGAGGAUUUCCCUCCGUCCCGUAGAGAUGUUCAAAAGGCAAAUGAAGAAAAAGUUUCUACAAGGAAACUUGAGCCUAGCAUGAGUUCAGUCCCCAGAGCUGCCAGUAAGAAUAGUGCAGUGGGGGAGGUUGGUGGUAGUUUAGCGCUAAUGACAGGGGACAAUCUAAGCCCAGUCUCCCAGACCUUCUCUUUCCUCGAUUCAGUUCUCCAGACUCCUCCGGGCUCCACCCCUGACUCACAGACCACCACCCCUAUCACAAACACCCCAUCCAUUGCCUCCGCUUCCAUUACUAAGUCCGUCCUGACGGAGACCGCAAUCCCCGCUUCACAAGCCUCUUCUGUUUUUAACCCCGCAAAGAGCAAUUCAAACCUUCCUCCUGACAACACUCUGUCCGGCAACCCAUCACCUUUAGCUCCCCCGGCAGCUGCAGUCGGAUCAACCCUCAACGUUGAUGCCAAAGCAUUUGUCCCUUUUACCGCACUCACGUCCUCAGCAGGCCCUCCCGCCGCUGCCACGACAGCAGCCUUCCCAGAAACCACCGCUUUCACGUCCACUACCACCUCAGCCACCCCCCUCAGUUCCUCCCCGGCUUCCGCUAAGAAUGAAGCCAGUCCGUCAUCGUUAAAAGACACUACCCCUAUAGGUGUAGCCAUGUCACGCAGCUCAGCCGCACCCCCUCCCUCCAUCACCCAAGCGUCCCCUCCCUCACUCCCUGCACACUCAGAGCACCAGGAGUCCUCGUCGCCACAGCUCCCCCCACUGGAAGCAAAAUUUGACAACCGGGACAAGCAGGAGAAGGCAGACAUCUUCUCAAGCAAGACAGGCAAGAUCGACGCCUUUGACAAGAAAGACGAGCAGCAGAAGAAGGACAACAGUCCUGACCAGAACCAGAAGUCCGAUAAGAUCCUCAAAAAUGAGGAAAAGGUGGAGAAAAUGAAUGCAGAGAAAAACAACAAGGCUAAUGAGAAGCCAGAGAAGGUGGACCAGCCAGAGAAGACCAACAAGGAUGAAAAGAAGGAGGAAGACAAGAAACUGGCUGAGAAGAAAGAGGAGAAGGGAGGGAAGGGCACGGCCAAGUCUCCCACAGGCAGUGGAGCAAAGACCCUGCCGAGUCCAGACAGCAAGAGUAAGCCUGAUAUGGGUUCAACCAAACCAAACUCCACCAAAUCGCGCCCUUCCACCCUCUCCACUAAUGAUGAGGCCAACUCGGCCAAACGCCCCUCCCCCACCACAGCCAAUAAGAAAAGCCCCGUGCCCAAGACGACCACACCCACUGCAGCCAAGCAGCCACCAACUGCAGCUGGUUCCACCAAGGCUGCCAAGACUCCAGAUAAUGGUACAACGGAGAAACGUCCACCUGUUUCAAAGACCUCUCCCUCCCCCCGUUCAACUGCCAAUAAGAAUGGCUCCUGUGCAACAGCUGCAAGCAAAACUGCAGCGAACAAGAAUGAUAAGGCUGAGACCAAGAUGGCUGAGCCCAAGAAACCCAAGACUACAGCCCGGCCUCGCCCGACCUCCACUGUCACUCCUGCCACCCCUGCCGCAUCUACUAAUGGCGACGGCGCCAGUCAUCGCCGUCGGGUCAUCACCAAACCCCCCGUGCCCAAGCAGACUCCAAUGGAGAAGAAGCCAGCAGUGCCCCGUGCUCCCCGAACUCCAAGACCCAUCAACGCGCCGACACCGGACCUGAAGAAUGUGCGCUCCAAGAUCGGAUCCACUGACAACAUGAAGUACCAGCCAGGGGGAGGGAAGGUCUCCACCUCGAACAGCAAGGCAUCAGACCCCUCCACCCCUGCCGCCAAGGCCAGAGUUCAGAUAAUGCACAAAAAGCUGGACUUCAGCCACGUCACCUCUCGCUGUGGCUCCAAAGACAAUAUCAAACAUGUCCCUGGAGGUGGCAAUGUGCAGAUCUUGAAUAAGAAGGUUGAUGUAAGCAAGGUGACAUCUAAAUGUGGUUCCAAGGACAACAUCAAACACAAGCCAGGUGGCGGUGACGUGAAGAUCGAGUCCCAUAAGUUAAACAUCAAGGCUAAGUCUAAAAUUGGAUCUCUGGACAACGUGGGGCUUGGCAAUGGACAGACCAAUGGACACAAGGAGGAGAAAACAGAGGAGAAAACAUCUUCACCCCCUAGUGCUACCCCCACAACAGCACCGGCAGACGUUACUAAGGCAACAGCACCAGGAGGCGUUGCGAAGGAGAAUGGCACGAAGGAACCAACACCCACUCCUUUUGGGGGAGCUGGACUGAGGGAGCCCCUCAAUGUAGAGAAACGUAUCACUGAGACAAACUGAGUCUCAGUGACCUCCAGAUUUUGGCAGGACACGCAUGGUGCUCACUGACCUGCCAACCAACCGACCAACCAACCUACCACGGCGCAGUCACUUUCCUCUGGCCCCGCCCUCCAUCUCGCCCACCGCAGCACCAAACUGACCGAUCGUCUCUCAGUGUUCCUCUGGGGUCCGCUUGCCAGCUUCCUGCUUCAAACAACCCCAGCCUUUGACCUGUCAAUGCCCCUGGGUUGAGUUUGACCCGCUUGGUGUUUAUCUGUGUGUCUCUGUGUCGGGUUUCAACAGCUUCUUAUCCGAUAAAAUACCUUUUGUUAUCACAGAAUUACAGGCUUCAGCUCUAAACCCAAAAGCUUACAUCCUCAGCACAGACAAACUCCAUUAAUGAUAACUGAGCAUGGCCACCUUUUUCAUAGAUUGUUAAACCUGACUCUUACUACUGUUUAAACAUUUGUCACUGUUAUGAGGCUGUGCUCUCAUCCCUGUGACAGGCCUUCACAUCCCGGAACCCGCUUUAUCUCCAGACCUUGUUAGGAGAUCUGUGCUGAUGCGUCUUUCCUUUGCGUUUCUCACAGAUCCUGUUUCCUCAGAUAUCUCAUUAUUGUUGUCAUUCUACAGAUCAUUACACACAACUUUACAACACUUCUCCAGCCAUUGAUGCACCGGUUUGUUUAUUCGAAAGUAAUUGCAAUUAUGUUUCUAUAAUUAAAAUAAUUAUUCUCACAAUGGUUACAGAGAACACAGAUCUAAUCUUGACUGUUGAUGCGACAAAGGGAAAUGUCUUGCAAAAAGAUCCAAAAGAAAAAUGAAUAAUAAGUGCAUAUGAUCUAUAGAAAACCUCCUACAAUGUAACCGAAUUUCUCAUUUUUAAUCACACACAGUGAUAGCUCAAAGAAAUCUAAUGUUAGAAUUAUCAUUUAACAACGGUUAGUGGAAAGUAACCAUCAAUUCGGAAAGAGGAGGGAUUAAAAAAAGAAUAAAAGGCUGAAGAUCCUCUGAGUAAUCUUGGCUCAAAUUGGAAUUGGCACUGAAAACAAUUUUUUGAACUUUAAAAGCAAUUAUUUUCCACUCCGUCGCAGGAUCUAAAUGUAUACAUCACGGGGUUUGAACACAAAGGAGAGAUCAACAACAUGAGUGGCUGACUCUUUAUGAUAAAUAUAACUGCUGGAGUUAAACUGCUCACUUCUUCACCUUUUAGUCACCAAACAUGAGCAGACUGAUAAUUGGUGUGGUGUACGAAGCUCUCGUUUGAGAACUGCUUUCCAUUGACUCAAGCAUGCACAUUAACCAGCAGAGAAUGGAAGAAAGUAUAAUAGAGAACAUACAUCAGUGCCGUGAUAUAUGGUUCAGUUUUAUGCAAAGUAAUACCAGUCAAGUAGUUUCAUGACUAGUCGGCAUGAUAGUAUUUGCCAAUGAUCAAUAAUGAUCUUUCAUGACAGUGCUAUCCAUUGAAGGAACAGACAACUGGUGUUAACAGUGGAGAAAACUGUCAUUGCCUGUUAAUUAUGUUGCAACAUCAAAUUCUAUUUAAUACCAAUGUAUUGAAAUAAGAAAAUCAAAACACAAAUUUAAUGAAAAAGAGCAGGAAGGGGAAAGAUUGUCAGAAAAUGUUCUAAUAGGCUCAGUGUAUGUUACCUCUCUUCUCAGUGAGAGACUGACUUUAUGUGCAGUUAUCAAUAGAAAAUAAAACAAAACUGAAUAAAUGGCAAAUUACUGAGAAAUGUAGCACGGGGCUGCUUUCGGCUGGAGUAUUCAACCGUUUAAGUAUUUGUGGUUAAACCACGUAAUACCUAGGUUUGAGUAUUACCCUUAUCUGAGUGUAAUAAGUAUGAAGCUGUACCUGUCACGGUAUUUAUCAUUAUGCAGUGUUUUACAUUCAGUGGAGGAAGCUGAACCUGAACACUUUGACUACGAUCAGUCCAGGUCACAUGGUCUUAGCACAAGCCCAUACUUCUCUGGAUGUUUCAGCACUGCAGGCUUUGAUGAAAGAAUUGUAAAACAACAACAGUCAGAAAUCACCACAAGAACCAAUGAUGGCAGUAUAAUCUCAAAAUCUUUAGUCCGUAUGUCUGGAUACUCCCACUUGAUUUAACCUGGGGUUGGGGCUGAGGGGUUAAACCCUUUUACAUACAUACUACUCUAUUUUCCUACAGUCUUUGCUUACGCUGAAAUCGACCCAUCUCUUCCUCUCAUACACCUGCAACUAGCCUGAUACAGAUCUAUCAUUUACAGUUGGGAUGAACAACAUCCUCCUUCUCUUGCACACCUGUGUAUGUUCCUGUUCGUCACCCCAGCAAAGGGUCAUGGGUGUGCAGAGCUGCACCCUCCCUUUAGCACAUAUGUGAAACUUAAUAAUUCCCCACUCAUGCACACACACACACACACAUACACAGAUAUAGCUAUAUAGCUUGUUAGUGCAUGAACACAUAAACACUCACACAAACAACGAUAUGAUUCUCACAAAUCAGCACCUUGUGAUAAAAGAUUGAUCCUGAUAAUGAACAAAUUCCUCCGCGCUGCACUAAUACUGUCCGUAUGUUGGUGGUCCACACUGCUAAAACCAAUGAUGAACUAAGUCGGUGUCUUGUUCCUAUCCUAGUCAUUCUUAAACCCUUUCCACAUAGGCACAUCCAUUUGCUCUUUUUGUGUCUCUCUCCAGCUUUCUGACAGCAAUACAGUAAUCAUGACACAGAAGGCCUCCAGUUACCUGCACAUACACAUUAAGCACAGACAGACAGAGAUGGACAGACAACCACUAAAGUCUCCAGAUAGCUCAGCGACAGGAGCAUGUUCACCUGCAGCGAGACUAUGAAUUAAGAGGAAUAAUGUUACAUUCAUGGCAAACCUGAAGUUGGAACUUUCUUUGCAACUUUGGACUGACGUAUACUAACUAGACUUUGUCUGGUAGGUUGAAAGUACUAAAAUCUCCUAUUAAACCACCUAUAGCGAGUAUUUAGAGUAGCAGAUUAUCAAGCUUCUAGUUAUCUGCCUCUCUGUCUGGCACAUCUUUGACCCCACAUCUGUCGUGUAAAUAGUUAGAAGUAAAUAGCUUUUUCAAUGCAGUCUUGUCUUUUUUUUUUAAAAAUCUUUUACAUUUUUGCGCAACAUUUUUCAUUUGUUUUAUAUAGGAUAUCACUGAAUAUACUAAAAAUAUUAAAAGCAUGCCAUUUUUGAAUGUUGAAAUAAAAAUGAUGAUAAUAAUAAUAAAAACACACUGGACAGCGGGAACUGCCCAGCUCCAAAAUGCCAUGAAUGCAGCAGUAUUUUAGUGAGGCUGUUAAAAGAAUGACCAGCAAAUACUGUUGUUUGGAUCAUUAGGUGGAGUUUCGAGCUGUCUUUCUAGUCAAGUAAACUGUUUUCUAAACCAGAAAUACAUAUUUGAGCAUAGUAUUUUUUAGACGGUCACAGCACGCAGUUCUACGAGGCCUGAUGGCUGCCACUUUUACUUAGUUUACACAUUUAUUCAGCCUCUAAUUGUCAAGGCGAUUCCUCUCAGUCGCCUAUGCUGUAACUUGAGGUAUCAGUUAAAUUCACUUUGAAAUUAAAUUAACUUUUGAGCAUAUCCAUUACUGUGGUUUGAUUUAGAACAAAACAUUUGUGAAAUAAGUAGAAAAAAAUGAAUUAAGGCCACUCUGCCCACUGCACAUUGAAGCCUGGGAUGGUUCUCCGCUGAAAACACUGAAGGAUUUGUGACGUUUCUGUGGCGUACUGCCGUAGUUGUCAGAUGUGUGACGUGUUACUACUGCAUCCAUCCUGUAGAGAGCGCUGCUUAGCCUCUGGAACACUGAUAGUCUGGCUCCGUGACUUAACUAAAAAGCUUAUUGGGAAACCUUGACAUCAGCAUUAGAGAAGCCACAGUGGACUUUCAUAUUGUCCUCAUUUAAUCUAGCUCUGUUUUUGUUGUGUCUGGAACAGCUAAUAUGAUCAAAAUCACAUGGAUCAUGUACAGUUCUCCAACAAACUCCAAAGUCUUGUGCACUUUGAACACAGUCUUGUUCCUUUCUUGAUGCACUCAAGUGAUAUAUUUGUACUCAAAUCGCUUUACUGUGUAUUGGUAAAACCUCGUCAGCUGUGUUCUGUGCGUGUGUGCUUCUGGGAACAAAACAGUCAUGGUAGUUAGGCAAACAUAAUAAUCUGUGAGCAGGUGAUCAAAGAGCUUAGACAAUUAACACUAGACCACUAAAAGCACCGUGUAAGCAUAUUUGAUAUUGAUACUGUUGGUACUUAACACUGUUCCCUUCUAAUCAUGCUCAUCAGUUACCUGAAAGUAGCACACGUCACAUGACACAUGGUGGAACAUAUGUGAAAAUUAUAACGAUAAUGUGAACCUUUUUUUUUAACUAGGAACAGAAAAGUAAAGGUCUGAAAGCACUUUGAUAAGCACUGGAUUGUGUGUAGAAGAAUAAGAACACAUUCUUUGUUUGUGGGAAGCUCAUUGUGAGAGUGUGUGACCCCUUGAAGGGGCGGUCUGCUGUUUAUCUUGGAUGAACACUUUAGGUAUCCCUUUAGUUUAGUGGAUUUUAGUGGAACUUUGGUCAUCGGUGUUGUGCUGUUGGCUUUGAUGGUUAAAUGCUCAGAUAUCCAGUCUGCCCUUGUGUUGUUCUCGUUAACGUUCACUGGUUCUUACAUUCUGGCCAAGCUGCAAAGUCACAUUCAUGAGGUGGUCACAUGAAUGUUUAUGGUAAAUUCGGUUUAAAUGGAUUUAAAUGACAUGAAUCAAAGAAAGAUUUUGUAGCAGAGGACAAUUAUUUAUAAGUGUGAUUAAAAUGUAUGGUUCUGCAUUAUUUCUUCUGUUCCACAUAUGGGAGCUGAAGUUCAAAGUUGAAGUGAAACUAAAUGUCAAAUCCUAAAAAAAAAUUAAAUAAAAAAAGCACUUUUAUAUGCUAUUCAAAAUCACUGCUAAUCAACUACUUUUCAUCACUGAAAGUCCAAAUUCUAGUGUAAAGAGAAUAUAGUGCAAAACAUUAAAAUAAUAAUAAUUAACUAUUUGUUCAAUGAACCAUGGUAAUCAGUAAACAAACCAAUGGUUUAGCUUAUCUAUUAAGGGGGAUAAUAACCACAAAAAAUAUUAAUCUUUACUUGAGAUCAUUAAUUUGGGGGCUAAAGAUAAGAUAAAAUAAGAUGUACUUUAUUGAUCCCAGGAUUGGGAAAUUAUUGGCCAUAACCAGCAUUAUUUACAGGGAACACACAGUGACAAGCUCAAAAUAAAAUAUAAAAAAGGUAUAAAGGUACAAUCUAAAAGUGUCUAUACAUAUUUACAUCGUAUACAUUGGGUGUAAGUGUGCAGCAGAGAUUAAGAGUAAUUGUGAAAAUGUGAGAAUGUGCAAAUAUUGAUACAUUAAAGAGAAUUAUUGUACAAGGUUAGAACAACCAAAAUCACAAAAACGUUUAGAUAAUAAAACCUUAUUUCGGGGCAACUCAAUCUGAAAAUAUGUCAUCAUUCAAAUAUGCAAGGUUGUGUGACAUCACAAACCCAGAUCAACGUUGAACUGACCAUCUUCCCUGUUUUUAUUUCCACCCACCUUCACGUCAUACUGAUUUGUUGUGUCUCUGAAGAGGGUAAUAUAACAAUCUUAACACAAGUUACAGAAAUAAACAAGAGCAUCAACUGCAGAAGACGGCAGGGAGUCACAGACUCUGACACUGAAACUUAGACAUAGACGAAAAGGUUGCUUUUGAGUUGUAAGUAUCUCUUGGUGUUUGGAUUGAAUACUAUCAGUAAAAUGUCAUUACUACCUGAGGAAAUUUUCCUCAACUUUUGAAGAAGUGUACUACAAUCACAGGGAUUUGAUUAGGUUUAAAAUGGGAUUAUUCAAAUAGUAUUCUAUGAGAUUAGGGCAACAUUGCUUUGCAGCUUGGACAAAGAGUAAUAAUCGGAUUCACUGACAUCUACUCACCACUGUCUGAUUCCCCAAAUAUAGUGCUUGAACAACACCCUUCCACUAGUAUCUCACUCUGUCCCUUGUAUAUAGAUACCAACAUGUUUUUACCCCCCUCCCCCCAUUUUAUCCCUCAUAUUAAUUAAAAAGAAAAAAAAGAAAAAAAUUGUACUUCUUAACAGGGUGUUGUGGAUGUUGCCGGCUAAGCGUUCACGUUCAUAAACCUGUUACUGUUUAGCUUAAUCAUGGUAUUAUAACAAGUCGGAAAGCAUAAGAAAGGGAAAGUGUACUUUUGCUUUUUUUCAGAGUCUGCCUUUUUUCCACCCAGAAAAGGGCUGCUGAUAUUUCAAGAAUGUUUUUAAAAUGUAUCAAAGAUGCAAAGACUAUGAAUACAUGUGUGAGGUGCGUCUCUGUUCUGUUCUGGAAGAUACAGUAGGUGACACAUAGAAACACAAACGGCCCGACUGAAACUGAACAGCAGGAUGGGAGGCAGUGUGAGGUCGUGGUAAACAUGAACCUGAUGAAUUACACUACACAGGCUUUGCAGAGUAAAAACACUUGGGUUUAUUAAAACAGGAGGUUAGCGAUAUGAGUGGCGUGAAAUGCACUGACUAGAACUUGCCAGCUCUCUGUUCUGCCUUCCACUACAGUCAGACUAACAAUAACCAGUUUUUGUCUUUUGGCAUGUGGUAUUAUGUCGUUUCCUGUAUUAGACUGCUCCUAUAGUGACACCUUGACAUACCUACCAACACGGGACUGAAUUAAGACAAGUAUUGGACCAAAUUAUCCUCUCAGUUUGAAUGGCAAAAAAAAAAAAAAACGGAUGAAAUUUUGGACCAAUUUCUGUUAACUACCAAAGUUAAAAAUUCCUGAAUUCUUUAAGUAAAAAAUUAAAGUUGGAGUGUUGGUAGAUAUGUACCCGGAGCUCCUACAGAGGCUUCUCAGAACUACAGCACUGAAAAAGCAGCAGAUUGUACUUGUGUCAAAUGUUUAGCCAUUGCUGGCCAGUCAGUAAAAUCACUGAUAAAGUUAAAAGAUGGUGUAAAACUGUACAAUGUAAGCUGUAUUUUGAUCUUUUGCCUACCUUUGCAUACCAGUUCUUACAUAUGAAAACAGAGACAGCACACAAGCAAGUCUUCUUUUCAGUGCUGUGGGUGGAUCCUCUGUAGUGCGUGCUGUAUUAUUGUGUAGGGCACAACACCAUAGUAAGAGCAUGCAGGAGACAACAAUAAAAAUGCUGGUUGUUAGAGACAUUCGUUCCUAAUAGGUAGUGCUCAUCUCCCCCUACAAUUCUGAAUAUUUGGUAUGAAAGAGAUGUUCGUUGUUAUUAAUUGUUAACUAGUGAUGUGAAUAUUAAUCAUGAAAUAAAAAAAAAGAUGAGCAAAAGUU